AUGAAUCAAGAUGGCGAUUAUAGGGAUUCCAUUAUAUCCGUGUUCAAGGAUGGUAAUCACUCGGUAGAUGAUGCUGCAAUUCGAUCGCUUAUUGACCAGCAGACCUCUAAUGCUAAUGAAGUAGAUGUGAAAAAUUGUGAACUAGUCCUAAAUGUCUAUAUAGAGUUCCUGAAACUGGAGUAUUUCAUCGAGAAAACUUGGGAUAUCAAAACUUUGGAAACGAGUGUAGUGGUAAAAUUCGAAUCAUACAGUGGUGGAGUGGAUGACACAAAGACCACAUUCAGUGGCAGCAAAGAUGACGAUACUUUUUAUAAGGAUGUUGCUCUGAAAUGUAUUAGAAAUUGCGAGAAGCUUUCUGGCCGGUUGACAAAAUGCCUGAAUAGUCUCUCAAAUGCUCGGAAUUAUAUCCAUUCAGCACAGGCAAGGCUUUUGGAAGAUCCCGUAACUUUACUGUUAGAGAUAUGGCUUACAUGUAACAAAAAGCUGAAAUUAUUGAGGAAUAGAAUCGCUGGUAUCUUUUUGAGAUCGAAACUACUGAUUAUUGACCACGAGUUGGAAACAUUCAGGGAACAUCUAUCAGAUGCUAACAUAAUAUCAUCUUAUCGCUCAUUUAUUAAAAUUUUUGUUGAGCAAUUGCAAGAUGCGGAGAUUUCAGGAGAUCAGUCAAUGCUUGACGAAUGUCUCUGUGUGUUUUUGGACAUUGAAGCCAUGUUUAACUCUCUGCAUAUCAGUAUGUUACAAUCACAAAACAAGUCUUUGCGAGAUUCAUUAUUGACAGCAGAAGAUCAGGACCAGGAUCAUAAUUUUGAUAGGAGGGAUGGAUCACCAACAGACUUUUUAUGUGAUCAUUCAAGGACUUCUUCAAUGUCUACUUCCACUGAUCUAUCUUGCAUAAUGGAGCGCACGCAUUUAUCAAAAGAAUUGCCGAGUUUAUUGGCAGCGUUUAACAAUGCAAAACGAUUGGAACAGGAAUUAGAAAAUGUCAGAACGGUUCCUAAGCAUUUUCCUUUAUCAGCAUCAGCAUCUGCACUACCACCGUCAUUAUCGCCAUCUAAUUUAAUGGGGAUUUCUACAGAAGGGGGGUUACCUUCAACUACAUUAUUUAAAUCAAAACUAAUGAUGAUGGAACAGCAUAAAAAUUUGAUUAACCAGUUUACACCACCUCUUUCUCAAGGCAAAGCGCCUCUUAGUUCCAGCGGUAGUGGUGUGCUGAGCAACUUGUAUGGUAUCAGCAGACCUUAA